CAUUGUUUAAUUAGUUUAAAUUUAACAUGAAAGGCUGUGAUCAAGACAAGAGCUGCUUACAGUAUAAAUACAGAGAUAGCAGAGACUUGUAAAUCCAAACCCGCUGCAGUUAUGGAUAAGCUUUUGCUGUUCUGCUGUUUGGCCCUUCUACACAGCAGUUCAGCCAGUGUAGGCUUCGCUGGAAAAGAGUUUGCCUUCAGCUUCAUGCAGAACCAUAAACCAAACUAUAAAGACACUCACUUUUCCAUUACCAUCAUAGCCCAGCAGCCAACAAAGGUGAAGGUACACGUGCCUUCACUAGACUUCCUGAAGGAGGAAUUUCUUAAGGCUGACCAAUCUGUCAUUGUGCGUCUCCCUGAUAAGAUUGAGCUGAUCGGAAGCAAGAAGUACACUAAAACUGUGUUAGUCGAGGCUACAGCAGAUGUGAUGGUAACCUCUUUUAAUUACAAGAAAGUCACGGCUGACAGUGCGUUGCUCUAUCCCAUUUCUGAGUGGGGCACUGAGUACUAUGUUUUCACUCCUUCUGGGACCCCCAGCGGUGAGUCUAAAGAGUUCUCAGUGACUAACGGAAAGCAAAACAACAGCGUCGAGAUCGACAUAAAAGGUGGCCUCUUGUACCAGGGACAUUUGUAUGCUGAUGGACAACGGCUGGUUCUGGACCUUGGGCCUUAUGAAAGCCUUCAGCUCCAGAGCUCACAUGAUUUAACUGGGUCUAGAAUCUCCUCCCAGUAUCCUGUUGGGGUCAUGUCUGGUCACACCUGCAAUUGGCUAUUUGCCAAGUGUGAUCAUGUUUAUGAACAGCUGCUACCUGUGAGAAGCUGGGGAUCAAAUUUCAUGGUGGCCCCUCUGAUGUUUCAGAGAAAGUAUGAUAGCAUCUUCAUCCAAGCAUCACAGUACACCAACGUCAACAUCCAGAAUGGGGAGAUUAAUACAGAUAAGACCCUUUCGAUAGGACAAUUCAUGGAGGUUCGAUAUCACUUCCCAGAUGCUGUGACUAUCAAGGCUGACCAUGGCGUUCAGGUCCUCAUGCUCUUCAAUGGUGCCAAACUGCAUAAUCACCGGAUCUAUGACAAUUUCCUGCUGACGAUCCUGCCAACAGAGAUCCUCUGCUCUUCCUACUCAUUAGUAACCCAGAAAGGCUUUGACAACAUAGCCCUUAUACUGGCACCGAAAGCAAAAAAACAAGAGAUAACCAUUGAUGGCAAUUCCUUAAUCGGUGUAACUUGGCACGACAUGCCAGGAACCGACUUUUCCUUUUCUCAGGUCGCAAUCAGACCAGAACCUGUACGCAUUUUCUCCAGCUCUGGUUUUAGCUUUGGUCUCUAUGGUCUAGGAGUCACAAGGAAGACGUCUUUUGCUUCAACAGCUAUAUGUAGAAAACCAGUUGUUAAACCUGGAAUCUGCUGGGCCCAAGGAGAUCCACAUUACUCCACCUUUGACGGCAGACGAUUUGAUUUCAUGGGUACUUGUACAUACGUCGUUGCAAAGAACUGUGAAAAAAAUACUGAUCUUCCAUCCUUUGAGAUCUCAGCCCAGAAUGAAAACAGGGGAAACACCAGGGUGUCGUAUAUUGGUCUGGUAACAGUUAAGAUCGCCGGCUAUACAAUCACGACAGUUAGAUCAGAGAUCGGACGAGUGAGGGUUGACAAUAAUCUAUGGAGCCUACCACUUACCUUGAAUGAGGGGAAAUUGCAACUCUUUCAGGGUGGUCGCUCAAUUUUAAUCCAGACAGACUUUGGUCUGUUGGUACGCUAUGACUGGAUAAGCCUUCUGGUCGUGAGUUUGCCUCCUUCCUUUGCUGGAAAGACUUGUGGACUUUGUGGCAACUUCAACGGAGAUCCUAAAGAUGAUUUAACCACAAGUGAGGGCACACAGGCAGCUGGAGUGCUGGCGUUUGGGGCGAGCUGGAAGGUUCCAGGUCUAGUGAAGGAUGACAGGUGUACAGAUGAUUGUGUGGGUGGGUGUAAGAGUUGCACUAGUCAACAGAUGAAGCAGUGGGAAGUGGAUUCAUCUUGUGGGCUGAUGGCUCUUGUUAAAAAGGGACCAUUUAGUAAGUGUCAUGCUGCUGUUGACCCUGUGCCAUACAUGGAUAACUGUAAAUUUGACCUUUGUAUGAACAACGGGCUGAAGCAUUUCCUUUGCAAAUCAUUGGAAUCUUAUGCUGAAAGCUGCCAGGAAGCUGACAGUCACGUCGAUGAUUGGAGGAAACUUGCAAAGUGCCCUUAUAAAUGUCAAUCCAACAGUGUGUACCAGCAGUGUGGCAGUGCUUGUCCUGCCACUUGUUCCAACCCUAACCCCAUAUGCAACUUGCCCUGCAUGGAGACGUGCACCUGCAACAAAGGCUUUGUUCUGAUUGAUGGAGAGUGUCAGCCUGUUGAGAACUGUGGCUGCACACACGAGGGUCGCUACCUGGCUCCGGGCCAGUCCUACUGGGCGGACGACAAGUGUCAGAAACGCUGCACCUGUAAUGCAAACACCAGGAAAGUUGAAUGCGAGGCUGUAGGUUGCAAGACUGGCACACUGUGCCGGGUGCUCAAAGGAAUCAAGGACUGUCACCCUAUCUCCCACGGCAAGUGCAGGGCGACAGGGGAUCCCCACUAUGUGACUUUUGACAAGAAGAAGUUUGACUUCAUGGGGACAUGUGUAUACCAAAUGGUGAAACACUCCAUGGGUACUGAUCUGGUGCCAUUCGAGGUGCUGGUGCAGAACGACCAUCGGGGCAGCAAUGUGGUCUCCUAUACCAAGAUGGUGGAGGUCAAGGUUUACUCCCUAUCCGUUGUCAUUAGUAGGACUUAUCAGGGAGUAGUCAUGGUUGAUGGUGAGCUGGCUAACCUGCCGUUAUCUCUGGCUGGAAACCGUGUGUCUGUGUACAAGAGUGGUCGGUAUGCUGUGGUUUCUACAAACUUCGGUCUCAAAGUCAUUUUUGAUUGGGAGAGAGCUCUGUUUGUUUCCGUGCCCAGCAGCUAUAUGGGACAGGUGUCUGGCCUUUGUGGAAACUACAAUGGUAAAGCAGAGGAUGACCUUACUCCCAAGGACGGUAUGGCAAUUGUCCCUCAAGCAGAGUUUGGUGCCAGCUGGCAAGUUGAGAACAUCCCUGGCUGUGUGGACAGCUGUAAAGGGAAGUGUCCCAAUUGUGACAUCACUCAGAAGAGGCGAUAUGAAACAGGGACUUUCUGUGGCAUAUUAACAGACCCGAAAGGGCCGUUCCGUGACUGCCAUUCCAAGGUGAAUCCGGCUGAUUACUUUGAAGACUGUGUGUUUGAUGUUUGCUCGUUUGAGGGAAGGAAGAAAGUUCUCUGUGAAGCCAUUGCAUCAUACUCCUCUGCCUGCCAAGCUGGGGGCGCAAAGGUAUACCGCUGGAGAACCAGCCAAUUCUGUGAGUUCAAAUGUCCGGCUAACAGCCGCUAUGAAACGUGUGCGGCAGUCUGUCCUGCCACCUGCCAGACCAACCUAGCCAGCCUUGGCUGUGAUGAACCCUGCAGGGAGGGCUGUGUCUGUGAGGAGGGCUUCGUCCUGAGUGGGGAGCGCUGCGUGCCCGUAUCACAGUGUGGCUGUGUGGAUGGAGACCGCUACUACACCCUAAACCAAGUUUUCUACCCCAAUGGAAAGUGUGACAAGGAAUGCAAGUGUAACGCAGACGGAGAGGUUGAGUGUAAGACAUUCGCUUGCGGUGCUAAUGAGGUGUGCCAGUUGGAGAAGGGCAAGCGUCAAUGCCGAGCUGUUGGAGUGGGAAUCUGCCAACGCUCUGGGGAUCUCCACUACCGCUCAUUCGAUGGGCGAGUGUUCAACCUACAGGGAACCUGCACCUACACGCUUUCCAAGACAAACCUGAUGAAGGGCACGCACCUGGUGCCCUACACUGUCUUGGCAGAGAAUUAUAACCAGAAGAGCUCCGUCACCAAGGGGGUUACCCUGGAUGUCUAUGGCUUCAAUCUGGUCUUGAGGAACACCGUGUCUGGAGUUUUGGUAAAUGGAGUACUGCACUACCUUCCUCUGAGUCUUAAUAAUGGAGCGGUGAAUGUCUACCAGAAGGGUGUCCAUUACUUCAUGGCCACAGACUUUGGCCUGCUUCUAAGCUACGACCUCAAUUACUUUCUUACCCUCACUGUACCUGGCAACUACAAAGGCCAGACCAGUGGCCUGUGUGGAAACUUUAAUGACAAUCCCAAAGAUGACCUCCAGCAGCCUGACGGCAGUCUGACUGCUGACCUGAAUGUCUUCACAGGUUCAUGGGAAGUCCAUUUUCCCGGCAUUAAGUGUGAACGUGGCUGCAUAGGACACAACUGCAUGGCAAAUGACAAAACUGACAAAUGCCCAGAUGCCAUGUCCUCUCAGGUCUGCCUUCCCUUGAUAAACGGAAAUGCCUUUAAACAAUGCAGAGCUAAAGUAGACCCGAGGGUCUUUGAUGACAACUGCGUGGCUGAUUCAUGCACAUCAAAGGGUGAUCCCAAGGUGGUUUGUGACAACAUGGCAGCUUAUGCCUUACGCUGUCACUUGUCAGGAAUCAAAGUCAACUGGAGGACGGAUAAGCUUUGCCCCAUGAAAUGUCCGGCCAACAGUCACUAUGAAGUAUGUUCUAAUAACUGCGGAGUAGCGUGUCCUGGACUCACCGACGUGGUCGAGUGCACCAACAGCUGUACAGAAGGAUGCACCUGCAAUGAUGGCUUUUUAUUCAAUGGACAAUCCUGUGUGCCCAUGACUCAAUGUGGCUGCUAUGAGAAUGGAAAAACAUUCAGGCCAAAUGAAGUGGUGUAUGGGGAGGGCUGCAUGCAAAGCUGCAAAUGUGAUCCAGUGAAUGGCUUGGUCUGUAAAGCCCACUCAUGUCCUGCAGAGAGUGAAUGCCAGGUUAAGAAAGGGGUCAGGGCUUGCUUCCACCAAGAUCCCUGUGCAUCGAGACCAUGCAGCACGCAAGAGAAGUGCGUCGUUGAAGACGGCCAGGCGGUGUGUCUUCCCAUGCCGACGGGUACCUGCUGGGCCUGGGGCGACCCCCACUACCGCACCUUCGACGGAUACACCUUCGAGUUCCAGGGCCCCUGCAGGUACAUCUACUCCAGGACCUGUGGGAACCUGCAUGGCUUGGCGGCCUUCUCCAUCAACGAGAGGAACGGAGGCAGAGCAAACAGCAAGGCUGCCAGUGUCAAGGAGGUUGUCGUGACUGUUCACGGUAUUAAGAUCAGCGCUGGCAGAAACAAAUCCAGUGAAGUGAAGGUGAAUGAAGAGCCGGUGACAGUUCCCAUAGUCCUCGGGAACGGGCAGGUCACGAUCUCCUACAAAAACGGUAGUCCGUUAAUCGAGACAGACUUUGGGCUACAGGUCUGGUUUGAGUGUAACUGGAAGGUGGUGGUCCUCCUGCCCAGAACCUACGAGGGUAAAGUCUGUGGGCUCUGUGGCAACUUCAAUGGCAAAAGUAACGACGAGCUCCAGAACCCAGCUGGCCAGGCCAUCUCCACAGUGCAAGAGUGGAGCAAGAGCUGGAGGAUCGACGAGCCAGGAGAUGACCCCUGCUUGCUGGACUGAGACGCGCCCCAUGUGGAAAAUAAUUUCCCUCUGAGCAUUAUCAGUAUAAUCAUCAAAAUAUAAUCUUAAGAUAAUGACUAUGCAUUAAAAAGUAUUAAGGCUUUUAUAUUGAUCAUAUUUAGUAUUGACCUGUGAUAUAAACAGAGGCUGUUAUUGUGGUUUAUUAUCAGCCUACGAUAUAGACUUGAUGUGUUAAUGGGCAAAUUAACUAACCUUCACCUUUUUAUUAUGUUAAAGCUAUACCCUGCACACGUUGAUCAGGGAAGUCCAAUGCGAUGUUAAAGGCAUACUAAAUAACAUUUAAGCAUUAAAAAAC